GAAGCGGCGGCGCGUGGUGGCGUCACGGCGGAAGCCGGAAGCGCGGGCAGGGUGUUCCGCGUUGGGCGGGCGGGCCCGGGGCGGCCAUGACCGAGUACAAGCUGGUGGUGGUCGGAGCCGGCGGCGUCGGGAAGAGCGCGCUCACCAUCCAGCUCAUCCAGAACCACUUCGUGGACGAGUACGACCCCACCAUCGAGGACUCGUACAGGAAGCAGGUUGUGAUCGAUGGGGAGACGUGUCUGCUGGACAUCCUGGACACGGCGGGGCAGGAGGAGUACAGCGCCAUGCGCGACCAGUACAUGAGGACCGGCGAGGGAUUCCUCUGCGUCUUCGCCAUUAACAACAGCAAAUCGUUCGCCGAUAUCAACCUUUACAGAGAACAGAUCAAGAGAGUGAAAGAUUCAGAUGACGUGCCCAUGGUGCUGGUUGGGAAUAAGUGUGAUUUGCCCACGAGAACAGUAGACACAAAACAGGCUCAAGAAUUAGCAAAAAGCUACGGAAUCCCCUUCAUAGAGACGUCUGCUAAAACCAGACAGGGCGUGGAAGAUGCUUUUUACACACUGGUGAGAGAGAUUCGGCAGUACCGGAUGAAAAAGCUCAACAGCAACGAAGACGGGAAUCAAGGCUGCAUGGGGCUGUCUUGCGUUGUGAUGUGAUGAGAUGCCAGGAACGCGCGGUUCAGAUGUAGCUGCUGGACGAGUCUCGGUGCUGCCGUGCUGCGUCUCGCGCUGAUGCCCGGCAGCGCUCUGGUGCCAGCGACCAGAAUCUUGGUACCAGUUCAUUAGCACAAGGUCGUUUGCUGUGCUCCAUCUGAAGAGAACAUCUAUGGCAUCUACCUCCUUGCUCAGCUAACGGAGCAGCCGCGUCUGUGACGUACUGGGAUUCUUCUCUCACUGUGUUACCUGGGUUUGCUCAAGGAGAAAACCAGUCGCAAGAAAAGUGAACUAUAGAGACUAAACGCUGUGAAAAAGAUGACACUUGACCUCUAGAGUAAAAGCUAGAAGUGCUGUUUGUCCCCUUCCUGUUGGAUUCUGGUUUGCGGUGCUGGCGGAGGAGUGACACUAACCGUUGCUUGGCAGGUAACAUCACAGAUGGUUUUGCCACCACGAACGCUCCUGUCGCGUGGCAGAUCGGUCUCUGCUCCCUGUGCGCUCGCACAGAAUAUUUACAACAUCUCCUUUGUGCCAGGAGCUCCGCUUAACUGAUCCUUUUCUGUAAUAAAACAGAGAUAUCCUUCCUAACUUAAGUGCCUGUUUGCUGAGAAGAUCGGAAGUUGCCCUCUGUUCCCUGUGGUGAGGAAACCCCAGGACUGGAAUUUCUCGGGAGCUCGUGGUCGUGUGUGGGGGAUCCCUCUGCCCAGGGGGACGCGGACCCAGGGCUCUGGGGGCUGGAAGGUCCAGCAGGCGCUCGGAAGACUCUUCACCGAGGGAGGGGACGUACGGCCUCUGCUUUUCACUUUCUUUGUAGGUGGAACUGUUUAUAUUCUAUAUUGUUUUUCUGCAGCAUUCAGAUCUCUUUGGGAUUGGACCAAAUUAGUCAGCUGUUCAUUUUUAACAUUAACUGCCAACAUUUCCAGGCAGCUUCUUGCUAGUUAAUCUAAUAACUGGAGGUUAGUUAGUUGGGACAGCCGUUACUCAGCUCUGCCUGUAACUUGCAGAUUAUUUCAUUCUGAGUUAUUUUUUUACCACCAGUCUUUUUAAACCAUCUCUCUGUAGAAUGUGCUUGAAGUCUCCUUGUCGGGGGGAGUGUGGGCUUCUGGGUUCGCUGUAUUCGGUGUGGUGGUUGUCACGGACUUGGCGUGUCCAGCCCGAGGGGCGAAGGCGACGAGCUGGAACAGAAAACUGUUCUGAUUGCGGCAUCCUUGCAAAACGAGGGAGGGAGCGAGCGCUGCGAUGACUGUGCAGGUGUUUGUGCUGAUGGGAAUUCUGGGCUUGUUCUAACAGCCCCAAAGCACGAGAGAACUAUUGCACAAGCUGCGCAAGUCCUUCCUAGAACAAAGCGUUGUCACCUCGUAUCAUUGGGAUGUAAAAGCGCGGUCGCUGUUGCAAAACCUCCCAGUGUUCCUUGGAAUGCCGAACCCUUCCCUGGUGCUGCUGCUCCUGGUUCUGCUCUGUGUGCUCGGCCUCUGUCCCGCAGCAAAACCCGGUUCCUGGUUCCCGUUGGGUGGAAGAGGAACGAGCGAGUUCAGUCGCCACCCGCCAGCACCGGCAGAGAAAUGGCAAUUCGGUUUGAUGGCGUCGGGUUCACACGUCUUCAUUUGGAGCGCUCCAUCUCAAAUAGAAAUUAGAAAUCGGUGAAUACCGAGAGAAGAAAUUGUUCCUUGUAAUGUUUCAUCUUAAUUCUCUUCUUAGUAUGAAGAGGAAUCAACCUGCAUCACAUUUUCUUUAUCCCCGAUAAUCCUUCUAAGUACUUUUUGCAGUUUAUUUUACCCUUGACUGAUGUGACACUGGUAAAAAUGAAAAAUACAAUAUUUUUACAUAAAACAUGGUAUUCCAGCAACAAACACAGUGGUGGGGCAGCGUUUGGAGAGCACUCGAGAACGUUUGAAGAUGAUCUGACAGUUACCAUCAGUGCGAGCGUCGCGUCUGGAAUCAGCGAACGGCGUUUUAUUGGUGCAAGAAGAGAAGUUAUUUGUGACCGCGUUCUGUGGCACGAGGUGACUCUGCUUCUAAGGACGAGUGACGCUGCUGUCCGCUUAGUAAAACUACAGGUGGAAAACAGCUGUUGGGACACGGGUCUGGUCACACGGGCUCAGCGUUUGGGAAAAACAAUAAUGUGGAGUUUGUAACGUUGUGUGAACGGUGAGACCUCGUCCUCCGGGAUUGCCGAGUUGGGAGCAGAUGGCCCGUGGCCACGGGAAGCCUGUGCCGUUCCAUGUUUGAAGGCCGUGUGGUCAGGUAUGGAAGAUUAUUUUGGGUGGAGGUUCAUCAUCAUAAUUCUCUACGGUGCACGGCGUGCUCUGGUUGUUAAAACAUGUCGGCUGUAACUCCAAGAGCUGUGAGUUCUCAGCAUUGUGUGGGCGCUGGAAAAUGCACCUGCUCUUCAGUGUUCCCUUUCGGAAUACGUAAAUCCUUGGUAACUCAGAGGAGGCUGCAUCAGUUCUGAGGAUUCUGCAGAGCCGACCUACCCCAGUGGUGCUCCCAUCUGCGUUAUUUUAGGUGUGAUACAAAAUCAGGGUGUUGUGUUAGUCAUGGGCAUGAAGUAAGUGGUUGUACUUUGUUUCCACUCUCUGUAUAGUUAUAUCUAAAUAAGAGAACCCUGAUUUUGGUGGUGGCUGAGAGUGGAGGGACAAAACCCCAGGAACUUUUGGGAGAAUCAUUCAGAAUAUAAGCACAGAAGUUUUUGCACAAGACAGGUCCCUGGAAAAGGUGGUUUUGUAGAUUUAACCCGAAUGUUGUUAUUUAGAACUAACAGGACGACGCAGUGUUAGUGUCAAGCUGACUUUACUAUCCCAACUGGGAGGAUCGAGCAUAAGCAACAUGGAGGUAAGAUAUUUAAAAAGAUAACGCUCUUGUUCACAAAUUACAGGUGCCAAUAACUGAAACGUUUGUGUUAUUACCAAGAACAGCUGGUUAGGGAUCGUAUAACCCUGUGGCUCGUUGCGGUUGUUGUCCCCACUCCACGAUCUUGUUCAAACAACAGCGCUCAGGUUUUGUUCUCGUUGUCAUCAGUCAGAGUUUGGACGGUACCCACGACACUGAAACCAUCGUCACUUUUCAAGCAGUUUAAUGACUUAGAAUUGAAUAUCCAGCAGCUUCAGGCCUACGGGGGGACGGAGAUUUGUGGAAGUCUGAAUUACGUUCUCAGCCCAUACGUGGUCCUGCUUUACUCCCCAAGCUUUCCUGUUUGUCUGUAACCUCCAGGGUGGUAGGAACUGUUGGGAUCCGGACAUUUUAUCCAAGGGCUAAUUUGUUGUUACUUUGUAUAAUUAUUUGCUUUCAAUAACGCAUCUCUCUUGGUUUGAAUUGAAGUAAAUUAUUCUGCUUCUUAAAUAACUUUUUUAAAGAAUAAACUCUGAAUUCUUUGGU